AUGGCCAGUGCCAACGCUGCUGUCAAUCAAAACGCCGUCGCGGUGGGGUUGGAAGACCUUCAGAACGGGAAUGUUGACUUCAAUCUACUUGAGGAGGCGUUUGGCCCCGAGAGUCUUGGUAUCAUUGUUGUGAAAGAGCUCCCUCAGAAGUUCCAUGGGCUGAGAGUCAGGCUGCUGUCGUAUGCUUCUGCAAUUGCUAGCCUGUCGCCAGAGGAACUUGAGAAGCUUGAAUCGCCCGCGUCCAAGUGGCUCGUUGGCUGGUCUCGCGGGAAGGAGACGCUCAAAGACGGUCGGUACGAUACGCUCAAGGGUUCGUACUACGUCAACUGUGCCUCCGGGUUCGAGGAGACGCAAGAGUCAGUCGCGGAGAAGUACCCAUCGUUCCCCGAGUACACUGCGCCCAAUGUCUGGCCGUCAGAAGAGCUCCUGCCAGGCUUUGAGGAGACAUUCCGUGAGCUCUGCGCGCUGAUCAUCGACGUUGCGGUGCUCGUUGCUCGUGCCUGUGACAAGUACGCCGAAGCCAAGAUUGAGGACUAUCAGAAGGGGUUCCUUGAGCACCUCGUCAAGACAAGCGUGUCGACCAAGGCCCGGCUCUUGCACUACUUCCCGUCGCCGGAGACGGGCAGCGGGGGGUCUGAUACGUCCAGCGGCGACGAGGACGACUGGUGUGCCACGCACGUCGACCACGGCUGCUUGACCGGCCUCACGUCGGCCAUGUUCGUCGACGAGGCAGCACAGGUGCCGCAGACGGGAGCAGCGUUUGCAGCUCUGAAGGAGCUUGAGCGCUCGCCUGACCCAAAGGCUGGUCUCUACAUCCACUCCAGGACCGGGGCGACUGUCAAGGUCGGGAUACCGCGCGACUGUCUCGGCUUCCAGACGGGAGAGGCUCUUGAGAUCAUCACCCAAGGCAAGUUCAAGGCUGUUCCCCACUUUGUGAGGGGCGCCGGAGCGGGGAUUGGAGGGAAAGUGGCCAGGAACACAAUCGCCGUGUUUACGCAGCCUAACCUGUGGGAGAAGGUCGACGAGAGCAGAGAUUUUGCCGCGUUUGCGAAGCAGAUUGUGGAGAAGAACCAUUGA